AUGGAGAUGACACUCAAGGAAGACAACCCAGAUUCUCCAAUGUCUGGAAUCUAUGAGAUACCUGGUGAACCUGCAUUGGUUAUCAAUGGGGUGCCUCCUGUAUGUACCAGUGUCAAUGGUAGUCUUGUUCCCUACAAAGUUUGUUGUGACAUAGAUUCAAAAACAAAUGAGUCUUUGGGUGACUGGUUAGAAGGUAGAAAAGUUCAAAAGCUAUUUGGGGAGAAGUUCUUUAAUGGGGAAGUUACCAAAUUUGACAAAGAAUCGAAUUGGUAUAGAGUGGUUUAUGAUGAUGGGGAUUUUGAAGAUCUUGAAUGGCAUGAGUUGCAGGAAGUUUUACUACCUCUUGACAUCACAAUCCCAUUGAAGACAUUAGCAUCAAAAGUCAACAAGAGGAGGCAAAAACAUGAUAAAAAAUCUGGUAGAUCUGUGAGUAAGCCCAAAAUCCACCAACAUAAAGGCUUGGAAUCCGAGGUUGAGAAAAUGGAGGUCUAG